AUGACAGCUACAUUGAACGGGGUAUUCAAUUCGUCCCCUGAUACACCCUCUACCAUUUACCCUGAUCGUCUGAUCCGUCCUCUGCCUCGACGGACCCUCCGUUCACGCCUUUCUUCUGAUGCUGCCGACAAUCUAUUCUAUCCUCCUACACCGCCGGCGUCUCAAAUAUUCUAUGGUGUCUCUGCGGAUUCCGAAGAAGCGGUGAAUGAGUCCAAGGUUUAUGUGCAGCAGACCGUGGAGACUGAAUUGUCACCGGAGGCUGAUAACCAUGAAUUUGAGACGUCAGUAGACUUGGAGAGCGGUGAUGAAGGCGGUCCGAUGGUUGUCCGGAGGAGUGGUGUUAUUCGGAGAUCUUCUCUGUCACCUCCCGUGUCUGGAAAUCCACAUAGCUUCCCUCACGACACACCACACACAAAAUCUUCAACCGGGGACGGUUACGACGCGUUUGAGAAUACGAACAACAAGAAAAAGCGAAAGAUACCUACACCUGGGAACUUGGGAGGACACCAUUCUGCGUUGUCUCCGGAGUUCGCCACCACUGGCACAUAUUAUGGGAGUGGAAACCCUGCAUCACCUCUAGGAAAUGGGAUAUCUGGUUCAGGGAGAGGUCGGUUGGGACGUCCUACUGUUCGUAGCAGCAGCAGGAACCCGUUAUCGCCCAAUGCCCAGCAUGGAUGGUUGAAUGCCCGGACGCCCAGUCGGCGGGACGGGUUGAUGUCAUCCCCUGGCCCUUCUGGUGACUCUGCUUCUGACCAGGGAAUUAUCUCCACCGCCAUUGCCAAUGCCGCAACACACUCAUCCCCACCUCGAGGUCCCAGCAACGUCAGCCUGUUGGAGAAAGAGAAAGAAAAUACCACUCCGACGAAGACACAAUUCACGUUCACGUGUGAGUCCGACUCGUCCAAGGGCAUGGCGAUGCAGCGAAAUUAUUCAAUCCCCUAUCGAUCCCCCACUUCACCCCUCGGUCCGGCAAACCAAAAGCAGAGGGGCUCCUCCACACAAGGGACACAGACUAGCCCCGUGAACCACCAGGCCCCACCCAGUACGCAAGCACCCGCUCAAGGUGCGGAGCCAACUCCCGUGGGCCCCAAGAAGAAACGAUCUCCAAGCAGCACAUACGCACUGUCUGCACGUCAACGUAAGAUCCAGCAGCAAUACGCAAACUUCCAUCAUCCCCCGAGUCUCGAGGACAUCUGGAUUUGUGAAUUCUGUGAAUACGAGAGCAUCUUCGGACAUCCGCCCGAAGCCCUAAUCCGACAGUAUGAAAUGAAAGACCGCAAAGAGCGCAAGCGACUGGCGGAGAAGAAGCGCCUUUUGGAGAAGGCCAAGAUGAAGGGUCGCAAGACCAAGAAGGCGACGAAGAACGCAUCGAAGAAUGGCUCACAGCCGUACCAGCAGGGAUACGACCGCGCUUCGGCUGACCACUCCUCCGGUGGGUCAGGUCUUCCGGAUGAUGAAUACCAAGGACAUGAGUAUGAUGAUGAUGAAAAUUCGCCGAUCCCACCCUCCGCCCCUGCGUCCCCCGUAGAACUCAAGCCUCCACUGCCCAAUGGAAACCAUCCAAAGGUUGCAGCGUCUGUUCACGGCAUUAAGGGUGCAGCGGAUUCCGGAGCAAGUCGACCGGCGUAG